CAGAUCGGCGGGGAAAAUUGUUGGAUACUUUCUCCAUUGUGACCAGAGAAGUCAGGGGUCCCCUUUCGACUUCUCACCCCAGUCCUUCCUAUCCGGGAGGCUGUCUACAAGUCCAGCGGUCUGUUACACGACAGCGAGCAGGCAAACAUUCUCGAAAAGUCCUGGCGAUCUCAUCAUCAGUCUUGAACAUGGCGAGCUGCAAAGCCAGUUUUGUGUCGAUCCUGAACAACGACGACAACCCGGCCUUCACAGUCCGCUCAGCCCCGAGGCUAUCCAGACACCAGACUGUUUCGCCUUAUCCUUACCACUACGAACCUCAACAGCCCAUCCCGGCGCCAGAGUUCCGUUACCACCACGCAUAUGUGAACUCCCCGUCGGUAUCACCGGGGUUGAUCCGACACCCAUUCGACCCGGUGUCCGAGACCACGCAGCCCACGUCUCCUGGUUCCUCGGAUUGCUCCUACGACUACAUGAGCAGCACCAGCGCUCGCUCGCACUACCACCUCACCCGCCAGGAUCCGAGUGCUUACCGUCCGCUAUCCGAAAAGCGCAUUAGCGGCAGCUCCGUCGCCGAGCCUCCGUCGCCGCAACCCUCGAUCAGCAGCACCAAAGAGUCCAUGGCGGCCAAAUCCGGGGUCCGCAAGAACAAGUAUCCCUGCCCAUUUGCUGCCAGCCACGGCUGCUCGGCGACGUUCACGACCUCUGGGCAUGCCGCCCGUCACGGGAAGAAGCACACGGGGGAGAAGAGCGUCCACUGCCCCAUCUGCAACAAGGCCUUCACGCGGAAGGACAAUAUGAAGCAACACAUCCGCACACACCGCACACACUCGGAAGAGAUGCCCGCCGGUAUCGCGACGGAUCGGGAUAGCGAUGGCAGCGGUAGCUGGUCGACUCGGAGGAGCAACCCUUCGGUAUACAACCAUCAACGCUCCAUCAGUGGGACGCAGAUGGACGGAAGCCCGUACGAAGGGCCGAUGCCCGCCAGUGGCAGUCAUCGGGCCUAUGAACCGAUGGCGUCACGAGUAUGAUGAGUGAGCGGAUAUGUGAGAAGAGCAUGACCUUUCCAUUCUCUGGACAUCCUUAAUCUUUACAUUUUAUCUUUCCCAUGGCGGGCCCAGCAGGUCCCGUCGGAGCAACGGCGUUAUACGGAAAAAAAGGCGCCGGGGGUGGCUGCUGUGCGGCGCUCUCGCGGGGUCCCGGUGGUUUC